AUGUACCCACCACCUUCCCAACCCGGCAUGUGCCCACCACCUUCCCAACCCGGCAUGUGCCCACCACCUUCCCAACCCGGCAUGUACCCACCACCUCCCCAAGCCGGCACGGGCAUGGCACAACCUACAAACGCCCCCAGUGUAACCCAGGUGGUGGUGAUGCAGCAGCUGCUGCCUAGAGACGUACCCGGCCAGAUGACGUGUCCCCACUGUCAGGUCCAGGUUCUGACAGAGACCACACACACCCCUGGACUGCGCACCUGGGUCCUCUGUGGAGUCCUCGGCGUCUUAAUGUGCUGGCCAUGGUGUUUGAUUCCGUUCUGUGUUGACUCCUGUAAGGACGUAGAACACCACUGCCCCAACUGCAAGAGAGUGAUCCACAUCCACAAACGUGAAUAGGCCAAGAUGAGACGCCUGCCACAAAGUGAUCCACAACUAGCCCCGGCCCACGGACACUGCUGCCACAAAGUGAUCCAUACCUUUAUGAAUCCAUUCCAAUACACCACUAGUCUACACCACUAGUCUACACCACUACACUACACCACUAGUCUACACCACUAGUCUACACUACUAGUAGGUCAAGAACGCUUUUAGUACCUGAGUAAUGGUGACUCUUAUUUCCAACCAUAACACACACACACACACUUGUGAAGCAACGUGCUCCUCAUGAAAAUAUAAAUAUCUGUGGUGAGAAGUCACAGUGUAAAGACAAUAGUCUGUCUGUGGCUGAGAUGACUACUGGAAGACCAGCUUAACAUUGACUAGUGUCAGUGUGUAACAAGCUAAGGCCACUUCUAGCAGACCUUUUACACUGAUUGUAAUGUAUGUUUUCUUUCAUUCUGUGAAUCUUCAUG